AUGAAGAUGAAGAUGAAGAUGAGACAGAAGAAAGACUUUAUGAAACUUCCUAUGAAGAAGAUGAUCCAGAAGGACUUGAUGAAACUCCAAGUUUUGUUGAGCAUCGAUUUAUUCAAAGAUGUUGGACAAGUUGUUCAUGUUCGACUUCUUGUAGACUGCGAGGGCAAUCAAAUCGGCGAUGGCUAUGUUGAGUUUGCAUCUUCUAAAGAAGCAGAGCAGGCGUUGCAAAAAAAGUACGAAGACUACCUUGCACGAGAAAACCGUUUGAUCCAAGAAGAUGAGGCUGUGGAGGAAGGUUUUGAUGAAACUUGUGAUUUUGCCGAGGAAGUAGCCUUAAGAAAAAAUAGAAUCUUUGUUUAUAAUCUCCCUCCCAGAAUAAGAAAAAAUAAUCGCAUCCUUUACUACAAAAAUGUUGGAGAAGUUCGUCGUGUUCGUCUUGUUGUAAACCGCGAGGGUGAGCAUGUGGGCUGUGCCUUUGUUGAGUUUGCUUCUGCUGAGGAAGCAAAGAAGGCGCUGAUGCACGAGAGUAAAACUCUGAUUAUUCUUUCCGACGUGGUUGAGAUGGCUCCAUACCCUAUCCGACCCAAGUACAUCCUCGCAGAGACCCUCUGGAAUGAAGAAUACCUUGAACCAUUAAGCCUUCCGAUAAAAGAAGAUUAUUUGGGGAAACAGGAGGUAACUAAGUUAUUCUGCGGUAAGAAGAAAACCUUCUCUGAAGAUGACUGA